AUGAUUAGAGAGCAGCAUGUGAUCGCUAAUAAAAACCUUACCCCUGGUAUUCCAGGGCUGAGAGGAGAGAAAGGUGAAUCUGGAAGUCUUGGCACGAAGGGUCUCCCAGGUGAUACAGGGAUGCGUGGACCAAUAGGUCCACCUGGAUUAAAGGGGAAUCCUGGUUUGCAGGGAUUUAAAGGUGAAAAGGGUGAUAAGGGGAAACAGGGGGACGCUGGUCCUCGUGGUCCAGCCGGGCAGGAAGGCUUCUCAGGAAUCCCUGGCCACCUUGGAGUGAAAGGAAUGAAAGGUGUCCGAGGCAGGAGAGGUCCAAAGGGACCGAAGGGCAAGCCGGGACCUCAAGGAAAGCCAGGAGCCCCUGGCAAAUGGAAGCCUAAGCAAAGACCUGUUAAAAAAUAUAGUUUUCAAACUGCACAGAGUUCAAAGCAAAGCCCCGGCCUCCCGAAGCAAAGCGAAGGGCAAGAAAAACCCAGGCGAGUGACAAGGAGACGGUCUCAAGAAGAUGAAGCAGAGUUCUUCAGCUGGCCCCUGGGCACCAGAGAUGAUCCUGGAACCACCUGCCAUGAGCUGAGACUCAUACGUCCACAUCUAAAUGAUGGUGACUUUUACAUGGACCCGAACCAAGGCUGUCCCUGUGAUGCCUUGAAGGUCUUCUGUAACUUCACAGGAGGUGGAGCAACCUGCAUAGAACCUCUUUACUCAAAGAUUCAAAUAUGGAGGGACCCAGAAAUGAUGAGGACAUAUGUGGAGAGGUUUACUCACCACCAAAAAUUUGAUUACCCUGGUGUGGAAGCUGUCCAGCUAAAGUUUCUGCGGUUACACAGCCACUCAUCUUUCCAGCACAUCACUCUCAGCUGUACAGAAAACCAGACGAGUACUGCUGCCACAGAUGAUUUAGCCAGUCAGAUUAUCCACUUACUGGGAGACUCUGGCAAAGAAAUCGAUUCACACUUUGUCACAGUGUCCAGAAAACACUCUGAGCUGGAGCUGUUUGUCAGGGUUCAAGGAGAUAUGGAAUUACUUCCUGUCAGACAUCUGGGUGUAGAGACGAGCAGUGUCUCCGAGCUUGUCUCUGAGAUCUCUGUGGCAUUGGGACCCGUCUGCUUCUUGUGACCGGUGUGUCUGUGUGCGAUGAAAGUCUCAAGAGCUCAAGAAAGAAGGCAGCUGGACGUCUUUAGGAUUGUGAAGACGUUUCACAUCACAUCCAAUACGCUUCUUCGGUUCUUAAAGCAACUGGUGGAGACUCCCAGGAAAUAAACCCCAGUGGUGGGUGUCCUGUGUGGAGUAAGUCCUGAAGGUUGCUAACCCAAUACUGAUCAUAUGAGUCACCACAUGAGCCAAGGUGGG